GCACAGCGCGUGUACGGGUCCCUGCCCGCCCGUCUGCCCGUCCGCCUUGGACAUCACACAUGUGAUCGUGCCUGCCCACCUGCAUUCUCGGAUAUAUCAUCUGCCACUCACGACCCACACACACACACACACUCUCUCUCUCUCUCUCUCUGGUGUGUGCUUGUCCAACACAGCCUGAUCGCCAUGGACAAGUUGCCGGCGGCCGUUGUGCCGUAUGCGGAGGCUGCCCAAGAGGCCCUCGUUUCCCUCCAUGAGACCCUUGGUCGUCCCUCCACCACCACCUACCUGGCCACCUCUGCCGUCGCCCUCGGUAUCUGGAAGUACAUCCGCGGCAAUUACCUCCGCCCUGCCAAGGCACCCCCAAAAGUUCCGUCUCAGGUCCCAUGGCUCGGUUGCAUCUUUGCCUUUGGCCAGAGCCCCAUUGAGUUUAUGAUUGACUGCUACAAGAAGUAUGGCCCCGUCUACUCCUUUGUCAUGUUCGGCACCGAGGUGACCUAUCUCCUUGGUUCCGAGGCCUCAUCCAGGUUCUGGAGCACUCACAACGAUGUCCUCAACGCAGAAGAUCUCUACGCCAACAUUACCGUGCCCGUUUUCGGCGAAGGUGUCGCCUAUGCCGUCGAACACAAGAUCUUCUCCGAGCAGAAGCAAAUGGCCAAGGAGGGUCUCACCAUUGACCGCUUCAAGGCCUACACGAGCAUGAUCGAGAAGGAGACCAACGGUUUCAUCGAACGCUGGGGUCAGACUGGCACCAUCGACUUUUUCGAUAACAUGGCCCGCAUGAUCAUCUACACCGCCACCCGCUGCCUCCACGGCAACGAGACCCGUGAGGACUUUGACGAAGACGUUGCCAAGCUGUAUCACGCGCUGGAUGGUGGUUUUACCCCCCAAGCUUGGUUUUUCCCUCCUUGGUUGCCCCUCCCCAGCUUCCGUCGCCGUGACCGUGCUCAUCGCGAGCUCAAGGAGCGCUUCUACAAGAUCAUUGACCGUCGUCGCCAAAAGGCUGAGGAAGGCACCCAGACUGAUUUGAUGCACACGUUCAUGACGACCCCCUACAAGAACGUGGAAGACGGUCGCCACCUGACUACGGAUGAGGUCUCUGGUAUGAUGAUUGCCCUUCUCAUGGCCGGUCAGCACACCAGCUCCACCGUCUCGUCAUGGUUGACCUGCUUCAUCACCACGACCCCCGGUCUGGAGGAGAAGCUCUACCAGGAGCAAGUCGAGCUCUUCAAGCGCCGCCCAGGACCCCUCAGCUACGAGCACAUUAACGAAAUGCCUCUCCUCUGGGCUUGCAUCCGCGAAACGCUCCGCCUCCGCCCCCCGAUCAUGAGCAUUAUGCGCCGUGCCCGUGAGGACUACAAGGUCACCGUCAACGGCGUCGAAUACGUUAUCCCCAAGGGCUCGCAGGUUUGCGUGAGCCCCACCGUGAACGGCCGUCUUGAGGACGAGUGGGAAGACCCCAACACCUUCAACCCUUACCGCUUCCUCAAGGAGGAGGACGGCAAGCUCGUCGUCACCGAAGGUGAACAGAUCACCAAGGGUGGAAAGUUCAAGUGGGUGCCUUUCGGCGCCGGUCGUCAUCGUUGCAUUGGUUUCGGCUUUGCGCAAGUACAGAUUCGCUGCAUCAUGAGCACCAUCCUCCGCAAGUACAAGUUGGAGAUGGUUUCGGGCAAGCUCCCGCCAAUCAACUACACCACCAUGAUUCACACGCCGACCGAGCCCAUUGUUCGCUACACCCGCCGAUAAGCGCUCGGUGCAUCCGGUCGGCGGCCCGUGUCUCAAGCCCAGCCCCCGCUGAGUGCGGUGCCCCGUUUUUUGUCUAGCUGUUUCGGUUAUUGUUUUCGUCCCCCAUCUUCUUCGUCGCCUUCCCAUCUCCUUUUCCUCUUCUGCUGACCUUGCAUGUGGUACCGUCUCUGGUGUUGUCGAGCCAUGUACGGCAUCAACACUCU